CUGGCGGACAAAAGCUUGUCGGACUCACUUCCUGUUAGCACUUCCUGUAGUUGCAGCAGUGGAUACAUGUGUUGUUGACAUUUUGUAGUUUUGUUGUUUCGUGUCAGCUGUUGGGCCGAAUAACGCCGCGAACUUACACGCUGUGCGUGUGCGUGUUUUCCGUGAAGAUGAAUCCCGCCGUUCGCAAGGUGUUAAAUCAAGCUCUUACAUCAUGCCGGGCCACGCCGUGCAUCCAGCAUCCUGUUUGGGCUUCUGUGAGUCAGAGACAGUACAAAUCUAUGCCAACUCAUGGAAUUGGGCGGUGGAGACAUCUUUUACCUAAAGAAGCGCCAAAGAAAAAGAAAGACAGACACCAGAUGAAACAGAUCAUGUCAGCGACAGAAACAGCGUACGGGACCCUGAAUGUGAAAGUGUCGGGUUUUGACAUGACCGUGGUGGAGCACUACUCCCAGUACAUCCACAACCUCUGCAACCGGUUUGGCAUCAAAGUGGCAGAAUGCUACGCUUUGCCAACCAAGAGCACGGAAGUGAUGCUAAUGCAAGAGCAAGGCACCAAGAUGUAUGUGGACUCCAUCCUAAAGACUCAUGAGCGAGUAGUCCAGUUGAGCAGUCUGAAUGCCGCGCUGUGUCCCGUGUUCAUGGAAGUCAUUUUAAAGAAUCAACCAGAGGGAGUUCAGCUCUCUAUGAAGGAGCACACCGAGGCCGAUUACCACGCUCGGUUCAAGGCCCGUCCAGAGCUGGAGGGGCUCAUGGCUCAGAUAGGACAAUAGUCAAUAGGACGUGUGGACCACAGACAUUGUUUAGUUUUGUAUAUUUAUUCCCUGGCCUUCGUUCAAUGAAUGCUGUUAAAGGUGAUCGUGUGCAUUGGAAACAACUGUACACGCUUUUGUGACCCCCUGGAAAAUAAAACCUGUGUAUAUCAUG